CUCUAUAUCCCGUCUGCUCCUCAUCAUGGCUGAGCCUGCCGAGCUGCUGCUCAUCAAGGACCAGUACGAGUUGGCGUUUCAUUCCCUGAGCCGUGGGCAGGCUGCUGAAGAGGCAGGGAAAGGAGCGGAGGCCCUGGAGUAUUACAGGAAAGGUCGGCAGCACCUUACCCAAGGAAUGGAAGUUCCCACUCGGGGGGAGAGACAGCAGGGAGCGACUUGGGACACGGCCAGGCAGCUUCAGCAAAGGAUGAGCGACACUCUGAGAACUGUUAACACCCACCUCUCCUAUCUGGAGACCUCUCCACUGACGACAGGAAGCCAGACGGGCCGCCUGUUGAUGGAUCUUCCUCCCAAUCUUUAUCCAGACCUGGCACCAAACAGUCAGCCUCCCCAAAGCUCCCUCCACCAUUUGUACCCAACAAUACCUGCCACCACGCAGAACAAAACCCCAAGCCCUAAAACACCCUCUGUCAGGCCUCCUUCCCCUGCUGCUCUGCACACACACACGCUCCCUGCAUCAGGAACUAUAGCCAUGGCUAAUCCAGGGGACCAGCCUCCAGCAUACACACCACAGCCAACAGUCGGCCACCGCAGUCUGGCUUACGGUCCCGGUAGAGGUGGCCUCGGGUCAGGAAAACCGACUGGAGCAGCAGCAGGAGGAGAUGGAAGCGAAAUGCUUGUCAUCCCCUCUGGGGUGCAGAUGUUUUUCGUGGCACCAAAUGGGCAGGUCAGCUCCCUGUCUUCUCCAGGGUACCUUCGCAUUAUGACGUUUGACAGUCAGCACAAGACUGAAAGACCCUCUGCAUUUCUACAUGUGUGUGACUGGCUGUACCCGCUGACCGCAGACACUCCAGUGCUACUGGCUAACUCUGGGAUCUUCAUGUUCCCUGACUCACUGGCAGAGACGCCGGGGUCCUACGUGGGUAUAGUGCUGUCUUCCGAACUGCCUGCUGCUGACCGAGAGACAUUUAAGGACCUCCUAAUGCAGCUGGCUGAACUCAGGAUCCAGGGUCCAGAUGGGGCAGGGUCAGAGGUCAUCAACCUGAGUGAGAAAAUCCCCCUUGGUCCCCUGAAAGAGCAAACAGGUCUGACAGUGCCGACAGGAGAGAAGGAAAAACCACCACUUCCUGGAUGGAGUGAGAAAAUGGCACAAGGAAUCUUGUCAGGAGCUGCAAAGCUAAGUGUUGAGUUUGUAAAAGGAGCAGAGGCCACUGGUAGGGCCAUUCAUAAAGGAGCAGCCAAGAUCCGUGACCAUAUCACACCUGAGGAAACGCCUUCAGAGGUCAGCCCUCGUGUCACCAAAGGUCUGCAGGUGGCUAAACAGGCCACCGGGGGUGCUGUGCGAGUCAGCCAGUUCCUGGUUAAUGGAGUGAGUACGGUGGCAGGACACGUGGCAGAGAAGAUGGCACCCCAUGUGAAGAAACAUGGCACUAAGCUCGUCCCAGAAUCUAUGAAGAAGAGCAAAGACGGCCGUGCCUCCAACUUAGAUGGAGCUAAGUUUGUGGCAGUCAGCAGCGUACAAGGCUUCUCUACGAUUUGGUCUAGUCUGGAGACUGGAGCAAAGCUUGUUGGCAAAAGUGUUACAUCAGAGACUGUCUUGACUAUGAAGUACAAGUUUAAGGGCAUAGAGAAGCUAAUAAACAUAUGACUGCAUGGUGGAGUAAAGGCAAAGACUUGUGAACUAACAACUGACCCAGAUCAAGUCAGAAAAUAAUCCUCAAUAAGAAAUCUUAUCAUCCAAAUCUAACAGCUAACACAGAGUUGUUUUUGAAAAUGGACUUUCUUUGAUUAACUUAUCUGUACAUAUGAAGUAUGUGUUCUGGGUUCUUUUGUUUGACUUGGUGUAGUUUAAGCUUCUGUUAUGUGUGUGUUUCUGGGCUUGUCUACCUGUUUGUUUGCUGUGGCUGAACGUCUGCAUGUGUUGGGUGGUGGUGCUCUUGCUGUUCAUACCAUCUGUAUCCCCUUUUUCCUGAUACGUUACUAAUAAAACUGCCACAAAGUGAAGUCUGACUGUUUUUUCUUGACCUUUGGUGUGUUGAUGUGAACGACAACAGUACCAAUAUCACCCAUCACACUCAUCCACCUCAUUUAUUUUCUUACACCUUCCCUAACUGCACCUUAUUAUUCAUGGUGAAGGUAUGGUGAUGAUGCAGGCCAAGCCACAGACACUGCUCUGAAGUCAGUGGUCAAUGUUGGUGUGGCUGCAUACAACAUUGACAAUCUGGGCAUCAAAGCCAUUCUGAAGACAACA